GUUGGGUGGAGAGAGAGAGAGAGAGAGAGAGGACAGCAGCAGCAGCUGCAUUUUUCUGUCUGCGCACACUGUCAGUCACUUACUCACUCCCCCAUCCCCAUAUUUUCAGAUUUGGUGAGUGACCCAGAGAGCGCGUCACGAGCUUCCGAGAGAGAGACGCAGCAAUGGAGAAGGCUCUGACGAAAGUGAGCAGCUUGAAGGUGGGGAUUGGGAGCUCCUGGAUUUCCAAGAAGGCCAAGGAGGAGAUCUCCAACAUCACCGAAGACAUCACCUAUCUAUCAAAUACUGUCGAGGAAAAGGCGAAAUGGAUCUUCAACAAGCUAAAAGGGAAGCCGCUGAAGACCUUGUCUGAACUUCUUCGGGACUACAACUUACCCCCAGGACUCUUCCCCCAGAAUAUCACUUGCUACGAGUUCGAUGAAUCGAAGGGCAAGCUCAUCGUAUACAUGCCUUCUGCCAGCGAGGUCAGCUUCAAGGACUCUUCCGUAAUUCGCUAUGCCCCUCGAGUGAAAGCGAUUCUUCUCAGAGGGAAGCUCAUGGGCAUAGAGGGAAUGAAGACUAAGGUCCUUGUCUGGGUUAAGGUGACGAGCGUGACAGUCGAGGGCUACAAGUCUGAUAAAGUUUGGUUCAUGGCGGGCGUGAAGAAGUCAAGACCUAAGGAUGCCUACGAGACUCCUAUAGAUGGAAUCAGAGUCGGAGAAUUUUAAGACGGCUGUGUUGCCAUGUUUGAUGCUAAAGAGUGGAAGCAAAAUCGAAGGAAAUCAGCAAUACCAUAUUGGAAUAUUUCUUACUGCAAAUUCAUCUUACUCGGCUCCCAUUCCAUUGUAUCAGACCUGAACUGUGACUUGUUAAGUAGUGAUGCUUCGGUCCAGGGUAGGUGUCGAUAUUUUAUUACAAUUCUUCAAAGAUGAAAGCGCUCUCUUAUGUGGGGUGACUAUUAUUAUUCAUUUUGCCAUUUGAUGCGGUAUUGCUGUUAGUGAUGUUAUAGACAGACAGAACAGAAGGGCUUAAUGCCAAUUUCUUGAAACUCAUUCUUCACCAAUUUUCUGCACUUC